GCACUAUUGUCAGUGCGAGGGAUGAUGUCACCUGCAAAAGCCGAGCCGUACCUUAUUGUGCUGGCGGAGAUUCCUGGUGCGAAGGCUUCGUGCGGUUCGCUCGGAUGAUGGGUCAUUUUCCAAGGACACUGUAGUUGAUGUGAGUACCUGAGGCAGUGCCAGCGGCCCCCCCCUCCCCCAGAAGCCAUGCCCCCCCGCAAGCGAAACUCCGGGGGCCUUUCCUUCAUCUUCUGCUGCUUCAAGAGCAGCGACCACCCGGAGAUCACCUACCGGUUGCGCCAUGACAACAACCUGGCUCUCCACACCAUGGAACCCACCCUGCCCAUGCCGGCCGUCGAAGAGCUGGACGUCAUGUUCGCGGAGCUGGUGGAUGAGCUGGAUCUCACAGAGAAGCACAGAGAAGCCAUGUUUGCCCUCCCAGCGGAGAAGAAGUGGCAGAUUUACUGCAGCAAGAAGAAGGAGCAGGAAGAAGACAAAUCAGCCACAAGCUGGCCAGAGUUCUACAUUGACCAGCUGAACUCCAUGGCUGCUAGGAAGACUCUCCUGGCCCUGGAGAAGGAGGAAGAAGAGGAGAGGAACAAGACUAUUGAGAGCUUGAAGACGGCCUUACGGACACAACCCAUGAGGUUUGUGACCAGGUUCAUUAACUUGGAUGGAUUGACGUGCAUCCUGAACUUCCUGAAAAGCAUGGACUACGAGACCACAGAGUCACAGAUACACACCUCACUCAUUGGCUGCAUCAAGGCCCUGAUGAACAACUCGCAGGGCCGGGCCCACGUGCUUGCACACUCGGAGAGCAUCAACAUCAUCGCACAAAGCUUGAGCACAGAGAACAUCAAGACUAAGGUGGCAGUGCUGGAAAUCAUGGGUGCCGUCUGCCUGGUCCCUGGAGGCCACAGGAAGGUCUUGGAGUCCAUGCUACAUUACCAGAAGUUCGCUUGUGAGAGAACACGCUUCCAGACCCUGCUGAAUGAUCUGGACAGGAGUACGGGGCGGUACCGGGAUGAGGUUAACCUCAAGACCGCUAUCAUGUCUUUCAUCAAUGCUGUCCUCAGCCAAGGAGCGGGGGAGGAGAGUCUUGAAUUCCGUGUCCACCUACGGUAUGAGUUCCUCAUGCUUGGCCUUCAGCCUGUCAUAGACAAGUUGAGGUCACAUGAGAAUUCCACGCUAGAUCGGCAUCUGGACUUCUUUGAAAUGCUAAGAAAUGAGGAUGAGUUGACCUUGUCAAAGCGGUUUGACACUGUGCAUGUGGACACUAAGAGUGCUACCCAGAUCUUUGACAUCAUCCGGAAGAAGAUGAACCACACAGAUGCGUACCCACACUUCAUGUCUGUCUUACAUCACUGCCUUCUCAUGCCUUACAAGCGCAGUGGGAACACGGUACAGUACUGGCUGCUUCUGGACCGCAUCAUACAACAGAUGGUCCUGCAGACUGACAAGGGUCAAGAUCCUGACAUCGCCCCAUUGGAGAACUUCAACGUGAAGAAUGUGGUGCGAAUGUUGGUGAAUGAAAACGAAGUCAAGCAGUGGAAAGAGCAGGCUGAGAAAAUGAGGAAAGAGCACCAAGAGCUGCAGGUGAAGCUGGAGAAGAAGGAGCGGGAGUGCGACGUCAAGACGCAGGAGAAGGAGGACAUGAUGCAGACGCUCAACAAGAUGAAGGAGAAGCUGGAGAAAGAGGCCAAUGAGCACCGCAUGGUCAAGCAGCAAGUGGUUGACCUCUCCUCUAGGCUGCACGAGCUCAGCACUCGACCGCCUCCUGCUGACCCUGGAAGCUCGGUCAUUCCUGGAGCCCCAGGUGGACCCCUGCCCCCCCCUCCCCCAGGGGCCUCUCUACAUCCACCGCCUCCACCUCCCGGAGGUGGCCCGCCGCCGCCACCACCACCACCCCCUCCUCCGGGCGGGCCUCCACCUCCUCCUGGUCCUCCUCCACUUGGUGGGGUUCCACCCAUUCCUGGAGCCCCCCUGGGGCCAUCUCUGAAGAAAAAGAAAAUUCCCCAGCCGGGUAACCCCCUCAAGUCGUUCAACUGGGCAAAGCUGGCAGAGAACAAGCUGGAGGGCACCGUGUGGAUGGAGGUUGAUGAUGCCAAAGUCUUCAAAGUCUUGGACCUGGAGGACAUUGAGAAGACCUUCUCUGCGUACCAAAGGCAGCAGGACAUCUAUUUGGUCAAUAACAACAAGCAGAAGGAGACAGAGGAUGACACCCUGACCUCCAGAAAAGUCAAGGAGCUGUCCGUCAUCGAUGGGCGACGGGCCCAGAACUGCAACAUCCUGCUGUCUCGGUUAAAGCUGUCCAACGAGGAGAUCAAGCGGGCCAUCUUGACCAUGGAUGAGCAGGAGGACCUACCUAAGGACAUGCUGGAGCAGCUGCUGAAGUUCGUCCCCGAGAAGAGUGACGUGGACCUGCUGGAGGAGCACAAGCAUGAGCUGGACCGCAUGGCCAAAGCUGACCGCUUCCUCUAUGAGAUGAGCAGAAUCGACCACUACCAGCAGAGGCUGCAGUCUCUCUACUUCAAGAAGAAGUUUGUAGAGAGAGUGUCUGAAAUCAAGCCCAAAAUUGAAGCUCUAAGCAAGGCAUCCAAAGAGGUUCUGCACAGCCAAAACCUGAAGAAGCUGCUGGAGGUGGUUCUGGCCUUUGGCAACUACAUGAACAAGGGCCAGAGGGGUAACGCUUACGGCUUCAAGGUGUCCUCACUCAACAAGAUCGCAGACACCAAGUCCAGCAUCGACAAGAACAUUACUUUACUGCACUACCUGAUCACCAUCUUGGAGGACAAGUAUCCCAAGGUCUUGCAGUUCCAGGAGGACCUCCAGAAUGUACCGGAAGCUGCCAAAGUCAACAUGACAGAGCUGGAGAAGGAGAUCGGCAACCUCCGGAGUGGCCUCAAGAACGUGGAGAACGAGCUCGAAUUUCAGAAGAGCCGUCCCCAGGUGACAGGGGACAAGUUUGUAUCUGUGGUCAGCCAGUUCGUCACCGUGGCCAGUUUCAGCUUCUCGGAUGUGGAGGACUCCCUACAGGAGGCCAAAGAGCUGUUCAUAAGGGCUGUCAAGCACUUCGGGGAGGAUGCUGGCCGCAUGCAGCCGGACGAGUUCUUCCGUAUCUUCGACCAGUUCCUGCAGGCCGUCGCCGAGGCCAAGCAGGAGAACGAGAACAUGCGACGGCGCAAGGAGGAGGAGGAGCGGCGCGCCCGCAUGGAAGCCCAGCUGAAGGAGCAGCGGGAGAAGGAGCGCAAGGCGCGGAAGAAUAAGGAGAACAGCGAGGAGGAUGGCGAGUUUGACGACCUGGUGUCAGCGCUGCGCUCAGGUGAAGUCUUCGACAAGGACCUCAGCAAGAUGAAGCGCAACCGUAAACGAAUCAAUAGCCAGACGUCAGAGACGGGCAGCAGGGAGCGGCCAGUCACGAAGCUCAAUUUCUGAGUGGGUGGGACCUCCGGCUUCUUUCUGGCUACCCAUCAGAGGCACCUCCCUUCAGCCCCACCCCUGCCACAAAUCACUCUUCUCGGGUCAUGAACCGGAGCGGUGGGGGGGAUGGGGGAGGGGACCUCUGCCCCCAUGUCAGUGUGAGAAACUGAAAAUGGACAAUAAAAGAUACAAAGUUGUUCUUUCAACCUCAGAAGCACACAGCUUAACGGUUACGUCUGUCUGGAAACAGACUACCAAAAUAUAUAUAUCAUUAAUUAAAGGACAUAUGUUGAUGAAUCUGUCAAGAAAGUGACUCCAUGGGUCCCACUGCAGGUCCCAAAGUCAUGUGGGCUGUGCUCUCCCUGGCCCCGCCCAAUCUUCCUAAGCAGGAAGUGAAAUGGGCCAUACCACUUAGGGGUGGUGACAGGGGUGCCGCUGGGUAACCCAGCAUACCUUGUCCUUGCGUUUUCCACGCAUGGGAGGGGGGGGGAUUCUGUCCUGACCUCUGCCAUCUCUGAGCCAAGGUGGGUAGGAUAUGGGACUCAGCAUUCCUGUGCUUCCAUAGAACAUUCCAGACCGUCUGGCGUGGCGGGCUUGUUUUUAACCAAAGCAGAGCACAGCAUAUUUCUGCCAUGUGUUACUCUUUUUUUUUUUAAAGAUGAUUUUUAAAAGUAUACAGACAUGUUUAAAACUACACUAGGCAAUAGGACUCUGGUUUGGGUUGGAGUGUCACUGAAUGAAACCAGUGAAUUUUUGUUUUUGGUAUGUAUAGCCCAAAAGCGACAUUUUUUUUUCUUCCUCACUCAAACACUGUGGACAUAAAGAAAAGGUUCUAUGCAUAUUAAAAUGCAAAAUGUAUUUUUUUUCUGGUUUAAAGCGUGCGUGGGUGUGUGUAUGUAAAUAUUCUAAUACACAUACUUUGUUGUACUUCAGAUACUCAAUGUAUGUGUCUACAUAUGCACCCGGCUUUAAGUGUCAUGUAAAAAAUAUGUAUGUAAUGAUUAAAAAAAAAGUCCUAUCUUUUUACCGUCGCGCGCCUUAUGUGCCGAUUUUCCCCCGAAGAAAGAGGGACAAAAAAUUACGGACAGCCUUCUUUCAUUGUGUAAUACAAUUUCCUUUUGUGUGUGUGGGACCUUUUACAAAACUUUUUUAUUUAAAAUUGCGUUGUAAUGUGAGGUAAUUGUUGCGUUAAUAAGGAAAUAAAGAAUCUCGGAGGUGAAA